GUUACAUUUGCAGAGCCACGCCAUUUUCUGUCUGCAUUCUAUAUACGGAUUCUGUGUUAUUUUACCGACUUUGGAGCUCAAUUUUGGGUCUCGUAACCACCCGAGUAGUGUCUGUAGGCCCUGGUCAUUAGAUCAAGCUGCCUAUUAGUUUUGUGUGAGGGCCCUACAAUUAUAACACUACAGCCAUGGCUAAUGUCAAUGUAAGCAUGCUUAGUGAAACAGAGCGGGAUUUGCGUAACACAGAAGAGCAUUUACUUAGAAUGCUUGAAGAUAAACGCCAGCGUGUAUUGAACCAGAUGCAUCAGAACCCACACAGAAGAGAUGAACUGCAAGCUGAAAUGAGGAGCAUUGAAAAUGAAAUAGAGCAAGUACGCAGUCGCCAAGGCGGAAACUAUACCUUUACCACCACCACAACCACCAUUACAUCAAAAGAGUACAUUGACCCUCAAGACCUGCCUAAACAAGAUCCCAUGCAGAACACAAUGCAAUGGCAACAACAUGGCUGGGAUUCUGGUAUUCAGAGUGGAGUCACCACAAAUGCACCAUCUCUCAGUAGUAAAAGCCAUCCAGAUGAUGAUGAUUUUGAUGCUGCAGGUGCCCAAGCUAUGUUUGGAAACUGGGACCAAGGAGGAUAUUAUACCCAGGAACAGGUUGAUGAAAUGAACCAGCAGCUCAAUCAGACACGCUCCCAACGUGUACGUGCUGCCAUGUUCCCCGAGACCUUGGACGAGGGUGUUCAGAUCCCUUCCACGCAGUUUGACCCACAGCACCCUACAGCAGUCCAGAGAUUGGCAGAACCAUCCCAAAUGCUGAAACAUGCUGUUGUAAAUCUUAUUAAUUAUCAAGACGAUGCAGAACUAGCCACAAGAGCAAUACCAGAACUAACCAAACUGCUCAACGAUGAAGACCAGGUUGUCGUCAGUCAAGCAGCUAUGAUGGUUCAUCAGCUAUCUAAAAAAGAAGCCAGUCGUCAUGCUAUUAUGAACUCCCCACAAAUGGUGGCAGCACUGGUUCGUGCCAUGGCUAACACGAACGACGUGGAGACAACAAGAUGUGCAGCGGGAACAUUACAUAAUCUCUCUCACCACCGACAAGGUUUACUAUCGAUCUUCAAGUCAGGUGGUAUUCCAGCCCUGGUCAAGUUAUUGAGUUCUCCAGUAGAGUCGGUUCUUUUCUAUGCUAUCACAACCCUGCAUAACCUUCUACUUCACCAAGAAGGAUCCAAGAUGGCCGUACGUCUAGCUGGCGGACUACAAAAAAUGGUGGCUCUUCUCCAGAGAAAUAAUGUUAAAUUCCUGGCCAUCACUACAGACUGUUUACAGAUCCUUGCCUAUGGCAACCAAGAAUCCAAGCUGAUAAUCCUUGCAAGUGGUGGUCCUGCUGAACUGGUACGCAUCAUGAGAAGCUACACGUACGAGAAGUUACUGUGGACCACAAGUCGUGUACUCAAAGUGCUGUCAGUGUGUCCAAGCAACAAACCCGCUAUCGUAGAUGCUGGUGGUAUGCAGGCUUUAGGAAUGCAUCUUGGACAUCAAAGUAACAGACUUGUACAGAAUUGUCUCUGGACACUGAGAAAUCUGUCAGAUGCUGGCACUAAAGUGGAUGGUAUUGAAGGUUUACUGCAGAUGCUGGUACAGCUAUUGUCAUCCAACGAUAUCAAUGUGGUGACAUGCGCAGGAGGUAUCUUAUCUAACCUGACCUGCAAUAACGCCCGUAAUAAGAUAACAGUGUGUCAAGUCGGUGGCAUUGAGGCCUUAGUCAGGAUGAUACUGCAAGCAGGAGACAGAGAAGACAUCACAGAACCAGCCGUAUGUGCACUGCGUCAUUUAACUAGUCGUCACCCAGAAGCAGAGAUGGCCCAGAAUGCUGUCCGAUUACACUAUGGACUACCAGUCCUGGUAAAACUACUCCACCCACCAUCCAGAUGGCCAUUAAUUAAAGCUGUUGUUGGCCUAAUCCGAAAUUUGGCUCUGUGCCCGGCCAAUCAUGCACCACUUCGAGAACAUGGCGCCCUUCCUAGACUUGUGCAGUUGUUGAUGCGGGCACACCAAGACACACAGAGGCGAGCAUCCAUGGGUAGUUCUAGCAGUCACCAGAGUGGGUUCAAUGAUGGCGUACGUAUGGAGGAGAUUGUUGAAGGCACAGUUGGUGCAUUGCAUAUCUUGGCUCGUGAAGCACAUAACCGUGCUAUUAUCAGAGGACUUAAUUGUAUACCACUCUUUGUGCAGUUACUGUACUCCAAUAUUGACAAUAUCCAGCGUGUUGCCGCCGGUGUACUGUGUGAGCUUGCCCAGGACAAAGAGGGUGCUGAAGCAAUUGAACAGGAGGGUGCCACUGCCCCUCUCACAGAACUUUUGCAUUCUCGGAAUGAAGGUGUGGCCACUUACGCUGCUGCUGUAUUGUUCCGAAUGUCUGAAGACAAACCACAAGACUACAAGAAAAGAUUAUCCGUUGAAUUGACAAGUUCUCUCUUCCGUGCAGACUCUAUGCCAUGGUCAGAGCCAACUGACAUGUCUGACUUGGGGGCAGCCUUGCUUCCACCUGAUGAGCCGUAUCGAGAAGGAAUGUAUUCACACCAUAGCAGUGUAAGCAGUGUACAUAGUGGUGGACAUCAUGGUAUGCACAGACAUCCUGGAUCCUAUCAUGAUCCGCAAAUACCAGUUGAACCAAUGCAAGACUUGGAUUUAGGAGGACAUGGUGGAGACUACCCUAUGGAACCGCCCAUUCCUGAUUUAGGACCUCCGUCUGCUGACCUCAAUCUGGAUGACAUACCACCUGCGGACAAUCAACUUGCAGCGUCCUGGUUUGACACGGACUUGUGAAGCUAGAUGACUCUCGGGUUACCGAACACGACUUAAUUUUCUCUUUUGAGUGAAGGUCUUAGUUGAAAUUUUUUAAGUAUUUGUUUUCAAUGAAAUGAUUUUUUUUUAAGUUGAAUGAAUCAGUAUAAUUUCACCUGGUAAUUUAAUCGACAAGUUUUUUUCUUAAAGACUCUGCGAAUUUGGAAUUUUUAAAAGUGCCAGAAUUGCCGCUGAAGCUGUCAUGGUGGCUUUUUUGAUGGGAAGCGAUUACACUUAAGACCUUCAUCUCUCUGAACAUGGACUUGACAAUUUUUUUUUUCCUCCAAUUUUCCCAAUGAUACCGAAAGAUUGGAAGUUGCGACCAUGUCACAGCGGUGCAAGGAUAAAGUUAAAUUUCUGAACCUUGAUGAAUCUAGUGUCACCGAAAAUGACAAGUAUAACAAUCAGACAAGUGUUACUAAAUUUUACAGUUUUUUCCACUAUCUAAGCUUUAUACUAGCCAUCUUAAAGAGCUUGGACUUUGAACAUAUAAUAUGCCAAUACAAAUAUAUAUAUAUAAUAACAGCGACAAUUUUAAUCAUGAAUAAAACAACUCUAACAUCAUGUUAUGACUUUUAAUAAUUACCCUUACAAGGGAAACAUACUCAAAUUGUGCAUUAAGACUAUUCUGCAUGUGUUUAUAUAACCUUCAAACUUUGGUACUGCGUGCCUCGUCUUGCGAGUGUUUCAAAUAAUAUUCGAGUAAAGCAGAAACCAGUUAAAAAGUCAAAGCAAUUCCAGAUUUCCCCCUCUCUCUCCCUCCGUAAAUGCAGGUUGAUGCUUACCUAGUUAAGCCAAAUAAAAGCAUGAAUCGAAUUUCAAUAUUUUUUUUGUUUAGUAAUAGUGGAAGUUGAAAUCUUUCUAAAGACAGUUAUUUGAAAUUUUACAGACAUUUGCAAAAAAAAGACUUUGUUGUAGUGUAUAUUUUUUUCCUAAUCAUAGAAUAACUUUUUUAAUAUUUUUCUCAUUUAUUUCACUUGUGCUUUUUACUGUGUGUAUCUCUACUUCAGUCAUAAUAAAGUCUGACAUUUUAUAUA